AUGGGCACUUUCUGUUCCGGAACGGAUUGCCCGAUCCAGGUGUGGGAGAACCUUCUUCAAGUCCUCGGGGAGUACGGCGGUGGAUCUUCUAAGUGUUCCAUGGAGCAUGUCUUUUCUUGCGAACAGCACGCGGCAAAGCAGCGUUUUUUGCAAAGCAUGUAUCCGAGCUGCAAGCAGAUGUUUGGUGACGUGCUGCCAAUGAGCCGUGGUGCAUGCAAGAACUUAGAAGGCUGUUGGGUGGAGCCGAUGCCUGAAACUGACUGGAUAGCUGCUGGCUUCCCGUGCGACGAUGCUAGCUGCUUGAAUUCAAGGCAUCGCACUGAGGAGCACCGGCUUUGUGUGGCCAAGGGAGGCUUGCGCACAGGCAGUGUUUUCCAGGCGAUAUGCCGGUACCUGGAGAACAUGCAGACGGAAUGUUUCAUCUUUGAAAAUGUUAGUGCGCUGUCCAAGCCACCGUUGGACGCUCAGCGCCGCGAAGUUGGGCCAAGCAAUUUAUCUUCCGUGGUGCAUCUGCUGCGUGCGUGUGGAAGAUGGACACACGUUUGGCAAUUGAAUUCCACACUGUUUGGGAGUGCGCAGUCCAGGCCGCGAUUGUGGGGUGUGAGUUUUCGCCUGGAGGAUCUAGCUAUGGACGAAGCCUGUGCUCACGAGCUGCUGGAUGAGUUGAUGAGCCACUGUGCACAGGUGGAGUGCAAUGUUCUUGAUGAUUACCUGCUGUCUGAGCAGGACCCCAUUCUGCAAGCACAGCGCCGGGAAGCUUUGUCUUCUACCGAGGCGGGUGAUGGCGGUUUGGACAUUGGCAGGCUGUUCGAUUCUGCUGGAGCAGUGGGCACGCCGCCAAAGUCCAGGGUUGCGAGGAAGAGGCUUGCGAACUUUGGGACGACACAACCUGGCAAGCGAAGCAAGCCUACUGCUGAGAGGAACCAGGGAUCACCGAAAUGGGCAGCUGCACAUCGGGAAGCUUUCAAAAAGUUGGACCAGGACGAGCGCCAGAUGGUGCCGAACUACAUGGACCCGACAAACAGCCUUCUCAGCCAUUACCCAGUGCUGGGCAAGCUGACGCAGCGGCAGGCAGAGAUUCUCCAGCUCAAGGGUGUGCACAAUCUUCCAGAAAAACGUCCCCGAGUCAUUGACUUGUCCCAGCAGCUGAGCUUCGCAACACUUGUCGAAGACAGGAUGCCCUGCAUAACUCCUUCCGGUGCCAAGAUGUUGACGCAUCGAGCCCGCUUCUUACAUGGAAUCGAGGCAAUGCGGUUCCAGGGCCUUGAGUUUGAUGAGCACAAGCUGGCGUGCUACAGCAACAGGUUCCUGAACGAUUUGGCAGGCAAUGCUUUCGAAGGGGGGUCAUGUUCAGCCACAUCCUUCGCGUGCUUGGUCUUCUUGGCCAUCAAUCAACAGUGCAGCCGGCGCAGCAGGAGUGGCCCUCAGAGGAUGUGCUCGGCUGGCUUGCCGGAGGAUGAGCUAGAAGAAGUCAGAGCGGCAGGUUCCAGUUCCAGUGCUUUUCUGGAUAUAUUUGACUGA